AGCGCGGCGGUGUGUGAAUGUGUGUGAGGGAGAGAGCGAGUGAAGUGCUAGCGACAUGACCAGAGCUCCGAAACCGGGUCCAGUCGAACAUGGAGCUGCUUAGGACCACAGUUUCGGUGCUUUGGAUAUUACUGCUGAACCGGAUUAAGGAGUGCUACGCUGAGGAAGUGGUCUUACUGAAUUCUAAAGAAUCCCAGGCAGAGCUGGGCUGGACCUCCUUCCCUUCAAAUGGAUGGGAGGAGAUUAGCGGUGUGGACGAGAAAUACAAGCCCAUUCGCACCUACCAGGUGUGCAACGUGAUGGAGCCCAGUCAGAACAACUGGCUGCAGACGGGCUGGAUAUGGCGGCAGGGCGGUCAGCGCAUCUUCAUCGAACUGCAGUUCACGCUGAGGGACUGCAACAGCAUCCCCGGAGUGGCCGGCAGCUGUAAGGAGACCUUCAACCUGCUCUAUGCUGAGUCGGACUGGGACCUGGGCCGUGUGGCCCGCGAGGACCGCUACAGCAAGAUCGACACCAUCGCCGCCGACGAGAGCUUCACGCAGGGCGACCUGGGCGAGAGGAAGAUGAAGCUGAACACAGAGGUGCGCGAGAUCGGACACCUCAACCGCAAGGGCUUCCACCUGGCCUUCCAGGACGUGGGCGCGUGCGUGGCCAUCGUGUCCGUCCGCGUCUACUACAAGCGCUGCCUGUCCACCGUGCAGAACCUGGCCGUGUUCCCCGACACUGUGGCCGAGGCAGCGUUCGCCACCCUGGUGGAGGUCCGGGGGACGUGCGUGAAUAACUCUGAGGUGGACACGGACUCGCCUCCCAGGAUGCACUGCAGCGCAGAGGGCGAGUGGCUGGUGCCCAUCGGGAAGUGCAGCUGCAGCGCCGGAUACGAGGAGGGACACAGCAGCUGUGAAGCGUGUCCUAAGGGAACCUAUAAAAUGUCAUCGCGGCAACAGGAGUGUUUCCCGUGUCCGGCUCACAGCGUGUCCGAGGAGGAAGGGUCCGUGCUGUGUGUAUGCGAGGAAGACCACUUCAGAACGCCGCUGGACGCCCCCUCCGCCCCAUGCACACGACCCCCCUCUCCUCCUCGUGACCUGGUCUACACCCUCAAACAGUCCACUCUCAUCCUGGAAUGGGCCGCACCAAACGACUCAGGUGGACGAGGUGACCUGAGUUACAGCGUGGGCUGCCGGCGCUGCGUGGGCCCCCCGCGGGCCCCUCAGACCCAGUGCGAACCGUGUGGGGCAAGCGUGGGCUUCGUGCCCCAGCAGAGCGGACUGACCGAGCGCACGGUCACUGUGGUCAACCUGCUGCCCAACUCCAACUACUCCUUCAGCGUGGAGGCGCGGAACGGCGUCUCGGAGCUGCUACCCAACAAACACUUCUACGCCCAGGUCAACGUCUCCACCAGCGUUCCAGCGCCCUCUCAGGUGAGUGAGUUGCGAGCAGAGAAGAUCGAGCAGCGCAGUGUAACUCUGGCCUGGAGGGAGUCUGUGAACCCAAACAGCAGCCGGACAGAGUACGAGAUCAAAUACUACGAGAAGGAGCAGAAGGACCAGAGUUACUCCACAGUGAAGACUGCAGCCACCAAAAUCAGCGUCAACAACCUGAAACCGGGCACAACCUACGUCUUCCUGAUCCGGACAUGUUCAAGCCCUGCCCCCUCCUCUCUCUCUUCCUCCCUGCUCUCCUCCUCCUCCUCCUCCUCCUCCUCUUCUUUGGCCUCAACGUCCUCUUCAUCUGUGGGAGCCGUGGCCCCUUCGCCCUCUCCGCUGGACUAUGGGGCCUACAGCGCUCCGCUGGAGCUGCAGACCCUCGGGGAGCUGGCCCUGGCCUCCAGUGAGCAGAGUCCGGUGGUGAUCAUCGUGGUGGUGUCUGUAGCGGCUCUGAUCAUGCUGCUGUCUCUGGGAGUGGGGCUGCUGAUCUGGAGGAGGCAGUGCGGCUACAGCAAAGCCAACCAGGAGGGGGACGAGGAGCUCUACUUCCAGUUCAAGAUCCCGACCAGAAGGACCUACAUUGACCCCGAGACGUGUGAAGAUCUGCUGCAAGCCGUUCACGCCUUCGCAAAGGAGCUCGACAACUCCAGCGUCAAGAUCGAGAGGAUCGUUCACACCGGUGAAUUUGGGGAGGUGUGCCGUGGCUGCCUGAAGCUGCCCAGUAAGCGAGAGCUGCCAGUGGCCAUCAAGACGCUUCGGGCCGGCUGCUCGGACAAACAGCGCCGAUCCUUCCUGUGUGAGGCUGGAAUCCUAGGCCAGUUUGACCACUCCAACAUCGUCCGACUGGAGGGAGUCAUCACCAGAGGUAGCACCAUGAUGAUCGUGGUGGAGUGUUUGACCAACGGCGCCCUGGAUUCCUUCCUGCGGAAACACGAGGGUCAGCUGAGCGUGCUGCAGCUGGUGGACCUGCUGAGCGGAGUGGCCUCUGGGAUGAAGUACCUGACGGAGAUGGGCUUCGUCCAUCGGCGCCUGGCUGCCCACAAAGUGCUGGUCAACAGCAGCCUGGUCUGCAAAGUGUCCGGCUUCAGACCUCUGCAGGAGGACAAGAUAGAGGCCAUUUACACCACACUGCACGGUGGGAAGAGUGUGGUGUUGUGGACGGCUCCGGAGGCGAUUCAGUAUCACCGCUACAGCUCGGCCUCAGACGUGUGGAGCUUCGGCAUCGUCAUGUGGGAGGUGAUGUCGUUCGGGGAGCGACCUUACUGGGAUAUGGGCAACCAAGACGUCAUAAAGGCCAUAGAAGAUGGUUUCCGGUUGCCAGCCCCUCUGAACUGCCCACCGUCUCUGCACCAGCUGAUGUUGGACUGCUGGCAGAAGGAGAGGACUGAGAGACCCAGCUUCGCCCAGAUCCACAGCGCCCUCAGCAAGACCAUCCGCAGCCCCGACAACAUCGGCUCCUCCACACUCGCGCGCAGGACCCUGGCCUCCUCCUCCAUCUCUCUCGCUGAGAGGACUCUGCCCUCUUUCCCCUCGUUCAGCUCAGUAGGCGAGUGGCUGGAGGCUGUGGACAUGGGCCGCUAUAAGGACAACUUCACUGCCGCCGGCUACUGCUACUUGGAGUCCGUCGCCCGCAUGACAGUCCAGGACGUGUUAAGUCUGGGCAUCACUUCUCUGGAGCAUCAGAAGCAGAUGCUGUCGGCCAUUCAGACUCUCAGAGCACAAGUCAUCCAGAUGCACGGCCGCGGAGUUCAGGUCUAACACUGUCCAAACGCACUGGAGCGCUUUCAGGGUGUGGGGAGACAAAUGGACCUCUGUUCCCAUAGUGACCCAGUAGGACAUCAACCAAUAAGGAGGCAGGGUGAGGGGGCUGGAUCAUGUGACCAACCACGAUUAGCACUGUUCUUCCUUUUUUUCCCUCUUUCUGUUCUUUGCUGUUUUCCUUAAACUUGGGUGAACACUGACCAUUCCUGGGAGGCUCCAGCCGCGUGAACAAGGCCGCCUUUUUGUUGGACACCUCGGACGUCCACAUCUCGUGUGUCGUUCUUUCCUGUUUUCCUGAAAUGUGGGUGAUCACUGUCUGCUCCUGGGAACCCCCCAAUAAUGAAGUAAUGCUACAAGCACUGACCUAUGACCUCGGCACAGUGGUCUAGCCUUUCAGUCCAACUCCAACAGCAAGCCUUUGUGACUAACUGACCUGAGAACAGCUAAAGGAUGCUCCAAACGGCCCUGCCCACCAAGCUUGGUGAACUAGCUGGACGUUCUACCAGCCACUGGCCUUUCUCUGAAGUGGACUGAGGAGCAUGUUGCCAAGUCAUACAAGCAGGAAAGGACAUCUAAACCUUCAGGAAUAAAAAACUAUAAUCUUCUGAUCUGAUAGAUCAAAAAAAAAAAGACUGUAAAUCUUCUUAUUUAUCUCCCUCCCCUCCAUCUGUGUCCGUCACU